AUGAUAUGUGACUUAUCCUGUCACACUUCUCCUCAUGGUUUAGUUGACAAUCAUAAUCGUCCUCCUUUUGACGAGCUUCGGACAAUCUUCAUCACGGGGCUUCCUGAUGAUGUAAAGGAGAGGGAGCUUCUGAAUCUCUUGAGAUGGUUGCCUGGUUACGAGGCUUCUCAAGUGAACUUCAAGGGAGAAAAGCCCAUGGGUUUUUCUCGUUUCUCCACGGCUCAGUUUGCAUUGGCAGCCAGAGAUGCUCUUCAGCAUUUGGUGUUUGAUGCUGAGUCAAAGUCUGUGAUACAUACAGAGAUGGCCAAGAAGAAUCUCUUUGUUAAAAUAGGAAAUGUUGGGGAUCAAAGUAAGCGGUUACGAAUUAGUGGUGACUGACACUCUGUUUAUAGUCCGUCUCCCUUCCACCAUCUACCGCCGCCAGUUUGGGGUCCACCUCAUGGGUAUAUGGCAUCUACACCUCCACCAUAUGACACCUAUGCGGGUUAUCAUGCUCCCUCUGUACCAAUGCCUCCGCCAACACCUGUAGCAGCUCCUAGUUCAUAUGUGCCUGUACAGAAUGCUAAGGAUAAUCCUCCUUGCAAUACCUUAUUUAUUGGUAAUCUCCCGGAGAAUAUUAACGAAGAAGAAUUAUGGAGUCUGUUGAGCUCGCAACCUGGUUUCAAUCAAAUGAAGAUUCUUAGACAGGAAAGGCAUACCGUUUGCUUUAUUGAAUUCGAGGAUGUCAAUAGUGCCACAAACGUCCACCAUAAUUUGCAAGGUGCUGUCAUUCCAAGUUCCGCAGUUGGCAUGAAGAUCCAAUAUUCCAAGAAUCCAUAUGGGAAGAGGAAGGAAGGCGGCGGCCAUUCUUUCUUUCCUUCUCCGAGUGUAAAUGGAGCUCAGGGAGCCUUGACAUAUCAGUAG